GGACCCACAGGGACGUCAGCGGGCCCAUUCCCUGCGUCCACCAGCCAGUCCCGCCACGGAUUCCUCUGGGAUCCUCAUCCAGAGGAGCUGGUGGAGACAGGGGAUCAGGCCGGCCGAUUGGAGCCAAUCUCCUGCUUCGGGGACUGCCAGUCCUUCCAGGCCUAGCAACAGGGGGGAAGGAGGGGAAAGAGGAACCCAGCUUCUCUGCGGGAAGGAAGACACUGAAGCCAGAGCUGUGACACCCCCCUUCGCUCCCUCCCUCCUCCCCACCCCCCCCCCUCCAACCUCCCCACCUUGCAGCACAAGCUUUGAAAAGCUGCUGCUCCGGCAUCUGAAUGGAAACUCAGAACCGCCCGGAGGAGGCGCGUUCCUUCCCGCCCAGCCCUGCAGUCUAUGCCGAGGAGGGGAAGGCGGUGCGAGCCUGCGCCAGCGCCCAGCGGCCGGGACGGGGCCGGCGAUGCUGCUGCUGAGCCGAACUUGACGGAGGAGCCUCUCCCUCGCUCGCCGCUGGUGGAAGCGAUGCUGCAGGGCGCAGCCGGCGCUCCCCCGGCUCUCCUUCAGGCUGAAGGUUACCCACCCGCGCAGCCCGCAGCCCCAGCCCUGUGAGCGCCCUCCGCUCCCGCCCCGGCUGCUCGGCGGGCGCAGGGCGAGGACCGGGCCGCCCGCGCGGGGCGCACUGCACCAGGGCUGGGCUCGGUGGAUGUGUAUGCAUGAGUUCUGCACCGAAUGGGCGCAAGAAGCGCCCCGGCCGGUCCGCCACCCGCUCCUCGAUCUUCCAGAUCAGCAAGCCCCCGCUGCCCGGCGGGGAGUGGGAGCGCAGGGGCAGCGGCUCCGAGAGCGCCAGCAAAACCCACCGAACCCUGGACGACUGCAAGAUGCUUGUCCAAGAGUUCAACACGCAAGUGGCCCUGUACCGAGAGCUGGUCAUUUCCAUCGGGGACGUGUCGGUCAGCUGCCCCUCACUCCGGGCGGAAAUGCACAAGACAAGAACCAAAGGCUGUGAGAUGGCCCGACAGGCGCACCAAAAACUUGCUGCCAUCUCAGGCCCGGAAGGUGGUGAGAUCCAUCCAGAAAUCUGUCGGCUUUAUAUCCAGCUGCAGUGCUGCUUAGAAAUGUACACAACAGAGAUGCUAAAAUCCGUAUGUCUGCUGGGGUCUCUUCAGUUUCAUCGAAAAGGAAAGGAGCCUGGCGGGGGAACCAAGAGUUUGGAUUGCAGAAUUGAAGAGAGCACUGAGCCACCUGCUCUAGAGGACUCCGUUUCACCCGCCGUCGAUACGCAGCAGCAUUCCUGGCAGGUUUCCACAGACAUAGAGAACACUGAAAGAGACAUGCGAGAAAUGAAAAACCUUUUAAGCAAACUCAGGGAAACUAUGCCUUUACCAUUGAAAAAUCAAGAUGACAGCAGUCUUCUAAAUCUAACUUCCUACCCUCUGGUUAGAAGACGGAAGAGAAGGUUCUUUGGGCUAUGUUGUCUCGUCUCAAGCUAGACAAUUCCUCCUGGAAACCCACCCCAGAGGAGACCUGAAAAAAAAACCACAGACGCCGAGGACCUCCAGACAGCUGAACCACAGUUAUUGGUUUCUGACUAUGUUUUCUAUGCUUCCUUAUUACUUUUAGCCGCCACUCUCUACCCUCUUAAAUGAUUUUACAUUUGAAAGUAGCUGCUGUCAAGGGGGAAAAAAACACCACAGAUUUAAAAAACAGGCUGUUUUUAAAAUGAUUUUUAAAGUUGACAUUGUGCAUGUCAUGUCUGCUCCAAACCAUAUCAUGACAGAUGCAAGAAUUAUGAUUUUUAAAUUAUUUAAAGGUCUUUUAAAAUGGAUUAUAGAGAAAAAUCAUUUCAUGUACACUAGUAAUCCUAUAACUUUUGCUGAUCUCAUGUUAACAAUUUAUUUUAUGUGGAAGAAGUCUUUAAACAUAGAAAUCCAUUAAAACUGCAAAACUGUGUUAAAAUCCAAUCUAUCAAUAUCAUUAGAAACAAUAUAAGUGAACACCACCUCACCUAUUGCUUUCUCUGCGUUCAUUUACAUUUAGUCUUCCAUUCCAUCAGAAUCUAAGAGCUUCAACAGAAAAAUAUCUUAAUUUAUAAUGCAGCAAAGAUCAUCUAUGAAAAGUGUUUAAAUUUUGUAAAUAUACAAUAAUCCUAAUACCUUCGUACAGUGCAUAUGGGCAACUAAUUUCCUUUCGAUUCAAUGGUGUCUUUUUCAGCUUCUUGGAGAAUGAAGUAAUCCAGUUAGGAAAUGGUGUAGUAACAUAUACAAUUACCCUCAAAUGUAAAAUUUGAAUAUUAUGACAUUUUGUUCUAAUUGAAAUCUGAAGCAUGAAGUCUGCGCAUCAGCAUAGUGUUAACUCUUUAGGGCAUGCUGGAAUUAGCUCAGAUCAUAAAAAUAUUUAACAUUUUACAUUAUUAAUAAAAUCUUUUCAGUUCAGCUAAGCUUGUCUAAUUUUAGAUGACGAUGCAGGUAUGACUUUUCCAAUGUGUACUCGGUGUCUUACCUUAUGCAGAUUCUUGAAAGCAGGACACAUAAAGCAAUACUAUACUUUAGAAAGGAGGAAGCCACGUGCUGUUUUUCUGCUCACAGCUUUGUUGUGAUCUUCCUCCACUAAACUUGUAACAUGCUACACAUUUUGUUGUAUUCCCCACUGUUCUUUCUUUGGCCCAUUUCCCAGACAGAAUUUCCCAUAGGUUGGCAGAUCAGGUCUUUAGACUUCUUUUCUUUUUUCCAUAGUCUGAAAAAUCCCGAAGUCAGACAAGAGGCACCAGUGUCUCGUAUAAUAAAAGGAGGAUCAAGAUUCCCAUAAGUGGUGUAUUCAAAGCGCAUCUUUAAUCCCCACCUUAUAAUUUCUUCCUACUUAUGUACACAGGCAUUUACAUGCUCACCAAUACCUUGACCUGAAAACUAAAUAUAUUAAAGCCUUUAGCUUUAAUGAAGAUGAAGACAGAUACAAACAAAUCACUGGAAUAAUUACUGUAUUAGGCUGAAUUAUAUGAAAUAGCUGAUAUUUGACUGUUUUGACCUAAGAAAUGGCAAUUUCAUAUAGUUCAACAUAAUAUCUAGUGUUUUGGAAAUCAUCUUUGGAAUUGUCUUCUAGGUUUUUCAGGUUGAAAGGAUUAAAGGAUUGGAAGAAAAUCUCAAAGGCUAUGAAGGUUUCUGUGUGGAUCACACUAGCUGGCUGUUGGCCUUAUUCAUAGAGUCAGAGUUGUGUCCCAGUGAACUUGUAAUGGAUGCAUGAUUAUAGAUAUGCUUGGCUUCAUAGAAAGAAGUGCCCUCAAAAAUUACCCAAGAAAACCACAAUUUUCAAAAUCAAAUUACUUGUAAAACAAACAGUUGUGGGAAUAUGCUAUUUAAAAGAUACCUCAGGUGAGUACUCCCCUUCAAAGCAGGUAACCAUUCCCAGAUUUACCUGGUCUGCAAACCCUGGUUUUCAUAAACAAGGUUUGAUUAAAGCUUAAUGUCCUUUCCUGAAUGUGGUUCAUUUUUAUCCCCUGGAAUUAAUUGACUUCAGGCCCAUUGUUUUAGAGAUUAUUAGGUAGCCUAAUUUGGCCCAUUCUCACUUAGUCUCUGUCCUCUCCCAUCUUUCUACUAUAUUAAACCCUUCGCUUCAUUCUAGCUCCUACUAAUCCAUGCGCAGUUAUUAACUGAUAACUCUAACCUUGUUGUUCAGCACGUUCUUCUAAAUGCCUGGCCUAAAUCACUUCUGCUUGGUUAAUUUGUGCUCACUCUAGCCUUAGUCUCUUAGUUUCAGCGUAAAAGUAACACUUAACUUCUGUGCAAUUGUGCUUUGUACAACUGAAGACUGUUAAUAAAUUCAGGUCUCACCUCCAUGAUUGGGAGGACCAUAGUAGCAUUUCAUGGAGAUGGGAAUUUGUCUAAUUCCCUAGCUAGGCUUUUCAUACCUGAAGUAAAUAAAUGCAACCACUUUAUCUUCUAUUCAUAGUGCCUGUUUCCCAGCCUUUGAUCAGUUUUGUAGUUCCCUUAGACACACUCCAAGAUUUAUAGAUCUUUUUUCAGUGGCAGGUCCUAAAAUUAAAUUUAGUCCUCCAAGUCCUGAUAACUUACACUGGCUCAUAGUUGCAACAGGUAAUUCACAGUCUCCCGUUAGAUAUGCCAAUGUGUCUCUUUAGGAGCCUGACCCCUUGUCCUCUCCCCACCAAAGGACUUUCUCAGGUGUAGUUCCAUGAGAUAGAGUUCUAAUGUCUCAGCUUCCUGCUGGCAUCUGCUUCCUGAUUAGCAAUAACACUGAGCUGAUCUCUAGGGAUAAGGAGAGAACAUUGAAUCCAUGUUGUUGCAUGUACCCACAUGCUUGAAAAA